AUGAUGGCUCGAAUUAACCUCCACCUGUACGGGCUGGCUGUCUUUGCCGCCGUGACCCUGGUCUACGUCUUCCUAUCCCGACCUUUUUCCUUCACCCCCCGCGUCGCCGACCUCACCUAUGGUCGCCUGCGUGACGUCCGAGACGAUCGAUUCCCUCGCUAUGCGAUUGCGACUUUUCUGAGCGAAUCUUCUUCUCCCGGCGACAGUCUGGCCGAGGACUACUAUUUUACAUCCGCUCGUAUUCUCGCAUACCAGGUGCUGCACGACGGCCGCACCAAAUCCAACCACACAAACAUCCCCUUCUUGGUGCUGGUCACCGAUGAAGUGAGCGAUGCCAAGCGCGAGCGGCUGCAGCGCGACGGCGCCCAGGUCAUCCACGGCGAAGAUAUCCCGCUGAACCGCUGGACCAGCACGGGUGCGACGCACUGGAAUAAUCAGUUCAACAAGCUGCGUCUGCUGGGCAUGACCCAGUACGACCGCAUUCUCUUUCUCGACGCAGAUACCAUCCUGACCCGUCCGAUUGACGGGAUCUUUAACGAGCCCCAGUCCCAAGUUGCCGCUCCGUCGCUGCUGGUCGAGCGACCAAAGCAGAUCCGCUGGGACGAGGGCCAGCCGCCCGCCGAAUACGUCUUUGCAGCGCGGUCGGACAAUGGCCUCACCGGGCAGCGCGAGCAUCCGUUUCCGCCAAAGGAGACGGACGAGUUUAGCGCUGCGUUCUGGCUGGCAGCGCCGUCCGUGGAGUUGUAUCAGUACUUUUUGAACGUGAUGACCCAGUACCCGCGCUUCGACCCCAAGACGAUGGACCAGGCUCUUUUGAAUUACGCCUUUCGUCGCGACGGCACGAUGCCGUGGCAAGAGCUGAACUACACAUGGAGUGCGUCGUGGCCGAGCACGAGCGAUCUCAACGGUGGCGUGGCCUCGCUACAUGACCGACUCUGGACCAUGGGGCCAGAUUCGCUGAAAGACCGCUGGUGGGCGCUGAAGAAGAAGAUGGAGGCUGUUAUGACGUAG